GCGGGAGUCUGACGAGGUAGAGGUACGCUUUUCUACGACUGCCUUUUCUGAAGACGAGGCGGCUACUAUGUUGCAGACAGUCGCGCCACUGCUGGAUGACAACGACAAUGAUAUGGAGAGCAGCGUUCUCUUACGGAUGGUCAUGUUAGUGCCUCUCGUGACAACUACGACUACAACAGGAGCACACACACGACUUUAUCACGCAUUUUCUUUAGCUAUGAUAGACUAUGGCACUUACCAUUUUGUGACUAUGUAUACUCGUUGUCAUGGUGAUGUUCGUAGAUUCACAUGUCUAGUCGAUGGUGCAUGUAGCUCAUCCUGCAACGCAAAAAGUGAGUAUUUUAUAGCUCCAAUUCUUGCGUUAAUUGGUGCCGGGAACCCUGAUGAUUCGAACUUUCCAACUGAAAUCUUGCGGGACCUCCUUGGCCCUUGGGACGCGGUUCCUUCUUGGCGUGUAGUGAGAGCGCCGCCUGAGCGGGAGGUCGUGGCAACGCAGAAAACAGGGUCUGCGCCUGGCAAAGCGAGGUAUGCACGUCCUGUCAGCUCGAAAGCGCGCAAACACAAGCGGGACCCUGAUCCGGCUGCUUCGAACUGGGUGUACCACGACCACCUCUCGGAAUCCGAAGACAUUGACUCUGCCUUGACGUUGCCCGUUGGAGAUGUUGUUGCAGGGUUGCAGAAGGGCUCAAUCAGUACUGUUUGUGCAACAAGCACAAGAAUUCCGAAGCCGGUAGGACACCAGAUUGCCAUUGGCGGUGAAAGUGGAAGGUG